AUGGAAAUGUUGAAGCUGGUAUUUGCCAGCCCUGAGAUCAACCCCGUCAACCACAAAGCAAGGUCGAUUCCCUUGUUGAAUCCCGUUGAUCGCUAUGGUCGCGUCUUCUUCUUCUCCUGGUUAGGAUUCAUGGUGGCAUUCCUCUCCUGGUAUGCAUUUCCUCCAUUGUUGAGCGUCACGAUCAAGAAGGACCUACAUAUGACACAAGAUCAGGUCGCCAAUUCCAAUAUUGUGGCUCUGUUGGGAACCCUUCUCAUGCGAUUCAUUGCCGGCCCCCUAUGCGAUCGAUUCGGUCCGCGAUACGUCUUUGUUGGAUGUCUCCUCUGCGGCGCCGUCCCCACCGCCAUGGCCGGACUAGUCACCUCUCCCCAAGGGCUGAUUGCGUUGCGGUUCUUCAUCGGAAUCCUCGGAGCAACCUUUGUGCCCUGUCAGGUCUGGUGCACGGGCUUCUUCGAUAAAAACGUCGUGGGGACUGCAAACGCUCUGGCGGGAGGAUUCGGCAAUGCCGGCGGUGGUAUCACCUACUUCGUUAUGCCUGCCAUCUAUGAUUCCCUCGUCCACUCGCAAGGACUGACUCCACACCGCGCCUGGCGAGUCGCAUACGUGGUCCCCUUCAUCAUUAUCGUCACACUCGCCCUGUCGAUGCUUUUCUUGUGCGAGGAUACCCCGACGGGAAAAUGGUCUCAGCGGAACGACAACAAUCCCAUUAUACAGAGCAAUAUCGUCGACCUCCACCGGUCCAGCGGAUCCGGCGCCCCGUCCAGCACUAAUGUCUCCACCGUUCCGGAGAAGAAAGGCGUCUCCACACCGCAGAUCGUCGACACCGAAGCGCAACCGGUUAUCGAUAUCAGCCUUGCAAACAAUGAAAUGAUUCAAAAACCCACGCUUCGAGAAGCACUCCGUGUGAUCUUCUCCCUGCCAACGCUGGCGCUCGCUCUGCCGUACGCCUGCUCCUUCGGCGCUGAGCUGGCCAUCAACUCCGUCCUCGGUGCGUAUUACCUGAAGAACUUCCCCAGUUUAGGCCAGACCAAGUCCGGCCGGUGGGCUGCCAUGUUCGGGCUGGUCAAUGUCGUCUUUCGCCCGGCGGGUGGGUUCAUGGCGGAUCUCAUCUAUCGGUAUACCCAGUCGGUGUGGGGGAAGAAGGUGUGGCUGGUUUGUCUGGGGGUUUGUAUGGGAGGAUCGGCACUGGCGGUUGGACUGCUGGACCCCAAGAGUGAGGGACUGAUGUUUGGACUGGUCGUGUUGAUGGCCUUCUUCAUUGCUGCGAGUAAUGGGGCCAACUUUGCCAUUGUGCCUCAUGUGCAUCCAACUGCCAAUGGAAUCGUCUCCGGAAUUGUUGGAGGAAUGGGAAACUUUGGUGGUAUCGUCUUUGCUAUUAUCUUCCGCUACAACGGCACACACUACGAUCGAGCUUUGUGGAUUAUCGGGGCGAUUGCUGCAGGGGUCAACAUUUGUGUUUCCUGGAUUAGGCCUGUACCUCGGACAUAG